AUGACAUUUCCGAAAGGCUUCCGACUUUUUCGCACCACAAUGUCUGGAGAGAAGAUUCGCGAGGGCGUUUUCGCCGUCCACAAGCCCCAGGGCGUCACCUCCGCCGAUGUGAUCCGCAACCUGCAGAAGCACUUCAACCCCUCAAAGACCUUCAAACCUUGGUUAGAAGAAGAGCGCGAGCGCCGUAAUCGCGAAAGUGGAUUCCAGCGCAAACGUCGCCGCCACCAACGCCUAGAGGUCAAGAUCGGCCACGGCGGUACCCUCGACCCGCUCGCGACAGGUGUGCUCAUCACCGGUAUUGGAAAAGGCACAAAAUCGCUUCAGGACUUCCUGUCAUGCACGAAAAGCUACGAGACCGUUGUGACCUUCGGCGCCGAGACCGAUACCUACGAUUGCCUUGGAAAGGUUGUGCGCCGCGCGCCUUGCGAGCACAUUACACGUGAAUCCGUUGAGAAGGCAUUGGCACAGUUCCGUGGAAAUAUUAUGCAGCAGCCGCCAAUCUUUUCGGCUCUGCGGGUCAAUGGAAAGAAGCUAUAUGAAUAUGCGCGUGAGGGCAAGCUACCUCCGGUGGAGAUCAAGCACCGCCCGGUCGAGGUCUUGGAGAUGGAGAUCAUGGAGUGGUUUGAGCCUGGUACACACAAUUUCCAAUUGCCAAAGGAGGAGAUGACCGGCGACGAGAAGGCUGUUGUUGAGAAAAUUCUCGAUCAAGGAGCUGCGACGCCCGCCGUGACCGCAGGUGAAGCCGCGAAGGAAGUUCCCGAGGUUUCAUCCACCAAGCGCAAGUCGCCACCUCCAGCCGAUGAGGUGAAGGAUGAAAGUGCGGAAGCACCCAAGAAACAGAAGGUUUCAGAGACUGAAGCGGCGCCCGCGGCAUCGGAACCCAGUGCCCCCGAGCCUGCUUCAGCUGAGCCCACCGAACAGCCCGAACAGCCCAAGUCUCAAACCCCGGCUGUCAAGAUUAAGAUGACCGUUACAUCGGGCUUUUAUGUUCGCUCCCUGGCUCAUGAUCUGGGUAAAGCUGUCGGCAGUCUAGGCUUGAUGAGUGAGCUGGUGCGCAGUCGUCAAGGUGACUUCGAGCUUUCUCCCGAGAAGGUCUUGGAGUACAAGGACCUUGACGCCGGCGAGGAGGUCUGGGCACCCAAGGUGGAGAGGUUCUUGCAGGAAUGGGAGCAGAAGAGGAUCGCCAAAGCAACUGCUGAGGCUGAGGCUGAGACCGCGACUGAGGGUUGA